AUGAACCAAAUGAACUUUUUACCAUUAGCUACUGAACACCAUGAUGCAUUUGUGAUUCCAAAUGUUUCACCAGUUUCUUCUCCAUUAUUAAGAGCAAAACAAAGAAGAGAUUCUAUGCCAAUUAUGGGUACUGAUAAAUUAACUCCAUUACCUUUAGAAGAAGAUGUCUAUGAAGAUGAUGUUGUAUUGAUUUCUACUGGAACUAUGCCACAAAUUGCUUUAAAUGAAUAA